AUGUCAUCCACAUCUAGCUACCACACAGCCAAGACGUCCCAGAGCAACAGCUCUGGUAGUGGGAGCAGCCAAGGCGCCUCGACACCCGUAGUCGGCGAGUCUGCCCUGGGCAUUGGAGCCACGCCCAACAUGAGCCGCAGCCCCAGCGGCCAGGGCAAUGCCGGCUCCGGCUCCGCUGGCGGUUCAAGCGGCAGCUGGGGCAACUUCAGCGCCGAUGUGGGCGGAUCCAACUCGGGCAACUCGGGCAACUCGGGCGAUGAUACCAAUUAUGUUUGGGCUCACCGGCAGCGGCAGCAGCAGGGUGGUGCAGGCGGUGGUAAUGCUGGCGAGGGCUCAAGUAGCCAUGGACAGCCGCGACCAAGUACAUUUAGCUAG